GGAGACUGAGUAUAAAGGCCUCCAGCUGUCUCUGGACCAGGCCGCAUCCAAGGGGUCCUUCCCCUACAGCAGCAGCAGCGCGGCCAGCAGCCUCGUGGACAGCUGCAGGACUCCCAAGAGCAAAGUGUCCCGGCACAAGACCAAAGCUAGACUGUCCCCGUACACACAGUAUCCCAGUUUCCAGACGGAGCGCUCAGAGUCUGACCAGGACAGUCCGUGGGGCAGCAGCCCCCUCACCGACUCGGCCUCCCCUCAGCUCCUGGAGCAGAGUGAAGGUCUGGACGCCUCCUGUGUUUAUAGGCAGUUCACCGAUCCUCGCACGCUUUGCUACAGCCCGUCCGAAGAGCAGCGCCACGCACACCUCCACACACACGGUCAAGGCCAGCGUUGUGAGCGGGGCCGAUGUGAGGCUGGGCGGUACUUCCUAGGAGCGCCUCCGCCCAGCAGCAAUGUGUUGUGGGGCACCAGCCGGUCCAUUCUACCGCUGAGCAAGAGUUCCCUGGAGAACCACGAUGGAUAUGACAGCAGCAUGCCGCACAUCACAGCCAUCCACAGCUACAAUGGCCAGGGCCACUGGGAUGAGGACAGUGUGGUCAGCUCUCCAGACGCAGGCUCAGCCAGUGACUCAGGGGAUCGAUACCGAGCUGACCACUACCACUGCAGCCCACAGGAGCCCAGCAAGAUCGAGACGCUGAUCCGAGCCACGCAGCAGAUGAUCAAGGAAGAAGAAAGUCGACUUCAGCUACGCAAGGGUCCUCCAGAUUCCCCACUGGGACCAGCAAAUGGACUGCCCAAGGGCACAGGUCCGUGCUUCGCACCUGAGUAUACUCAGGGGCCCCUGCCACUACAGUCAGUGGUGUGUCGAGGGUUGAGUCAGGCGAUCAGCCCUGCAAAUAGCCCCGCCCCCCUGUCCAGGCUCAGCAGUCCAGGAUCGGAGCGCCUCCAAAAGCCCAAAGACUACCUCCAGACAGACCUGCCCCCCCUUUCUUUGCCAUUACAUCACCCGCUGACUCGCCCGGGCCCCUGCUCAGCUUCUCCCACCCUGGCCCCGGCCCUCUACCCCUCCCACGCCCACCCGCGCCCCUAUUUGGACAAGCAUACAGCCUACUCGCUGACAGGAUACGCUCUGGAGCACCUCUAUGACCCGGAGAGCCUCCGGGGCUAUUGCACCUCCGCCAGCACUGGCCCCACCCAUUAUGAUAUGACCCCGCACCUCCGCAUACCGGCAGAGCAGACUCCUGGACACAAAGGCACCUCUGUCAUUAUCACCAACAGCAGCUAACGCUCAGCUGACGCCCACAAUGGGACUGCAGUCACAUAGCCUGAGCUGGUUCGCUUCAUCAGAGCUUUUUCAUUCUUGAUCCCGUUUGCUUGUUUUUCCAUCAAAUUGAUCAACUCUGAUCUCAGUUGUUGCUUCAUCGUGGAGCCAAAUUUCCACAAAAAUUUUGCUGAAAGUCUGCAAAAGAAAAUCAGUGCAUUUUUCUCUAAAUGGGAAAAUAUGUGAAUAUUCUCAAGAGGGAACAGCAAUCAUGUAAUUACAUCUGCGCUUGUGAUUCUUCGAGAUAAUACGGAUUCAGUGCAGAACUGAAUUUAUGUUGCUUUAUUUGCUUCUUCAGUCCGAGUCGGACACAAAAUUGUAUAUCUGAAAAAGACAAAGUCAUAUUCAUUUCCAAAAAGUGAGACCCAACCUGAAUCAGAACCAGUUUUGAUCGGAAUAAAUUUUCCCAAAGUGUGUUUGACACAAACAGUUCUAAAACAGAGAGAUCACAGACACAGGCAGCAGUUAAUGAGCAGCCCACCUGAGCCACAUGGGUAUUUACACAGAGACCUAAGAGCCACUGUAAUUGUGCAUUACCCCGGUCUAACAGUUAGACUGAAUAUAAUCUGUGCCCCAACACAGAUCGCAACUUGGUGUCAGGUACCAUGAGAACCAUGAGAACCUCUGCUGUGCCUGCUGCCAUAUGUUACACAUGUUGUUUUCAGACACUUACUGAAAUGACUGACACUGUCGUCCGUGGGCAGACAGUGGUUAAAAUUUGGAUGAUAAGCUAUUCAAUGAUGUGACAUCUGUGAUGUGACAGCUGUACGUUCUCCACGGCUGCUGUCACAACACAGCUUCAGUACAGUAUGAUUUCUCUGUUUGUGUCUCAUUAUAGAUUGAUGAGCAUUAAUGGGUUUCUUACAGUAAGAGGGAGACAUAAAACAAGUUGAUCAGUAUGAUGGAAAACAGGGCUGAGUAGAAAAUGUUGCUUCAACACGUGUCCAUCUGUGCCAUCACUUUCACUCUGACUGAGCUCUGUAACUUUUUGCACUAUGAGAGAUGGAGUUCUCGUGAAGAAAUGACUGACGGUCGCUUGUGGUGCACUUUGUUGUGAUGCAGAUGAAACAGCACGAGUUGGCGCUGAAGUGAAAAGUCAUUUCAAACAGAUUAAUAUGCAAAGCCAUUCUCCAGAUGUUUCUUUUCUCUAACUUUUGUAAACUUUCAGGAAAGAAAAAGAGGAACACGUUCAUCAUCGAUAAGAUCGUACAGUAGGAACGGUGGUUACUACACAGUUAAAUGGCUGACGCAGGCUGUCUGCUGUCAUCAUGGUGGAGUCCGGUCUUGACAACACAAUAAAAGUUGUUCCUACUGUACCAGAAACUAAAGUCUCACUGAAGAUCUGGGGGAUAUUUUCCAUCCCGGUGUGUGUGCUCAUCAUUUCUCAGUGACUGGAGGGAGACUGACACCAUAUGCAACUUGACCCGUUGGAAAGCUUGGUAAGGCAGCUUAACCGCAUCCACACAUCCCUGAGGCAACUGUUAAUUAUUGUUAUGUGGGCAUGUUUGUACAACAGGAUUCAAGUUUUCUUCUUUAUCUCCUCCUCGGUCCUUAGAUGAACCUAUAUUUAUACAAGUUUGGGAUUUUUGGUUUGUUUCUUUUUUGUCAAUGCCUGACAUGUGCUCCAUCUCUAAAAGUUAUUUAUGGUGUUCUGUAAAUAUGCUGAGAAAAGAAAAUGGCACCACAUUUAAGCACAUGG